AUGGAAGCAUUACCAAGGUCAGAAAUAUCAUUUAGAAGAUCAGGCUCUUCUGGGCUUGUUUGGGAUGACAAAUUGUUGUCAGGAGAGCUUAAACCAGUGAAGCCAAAAGAUGAUGAAGAAACAGAGCAACAUAAGCCAGAACCAAGGCCUUAUAAAUCUGUUGAAGUUGAAUCCACUAUUGACCCUCCAUCACCUAAAGUUUCUGGUUGUUGUGCUUUGUUUGGCAAGCCUGUUAAAGCCACCAACACACCCAACAAGCACAAGUCAAAACCCACCCACAAGUCUUGA